GGGAUCCCCUAUUUUUCCACUACCAUUACUAAUUCCACAAGAAAGAGUUUAGUGAUCGACUAUUCCUGGUCAGCAGAAGGGUCCAGGCUGGGGCUCAGGAUUACCUACCUACUCCGGAUUUACGCGAGCUGACCAUACAGACUGUUACAGUGGAGCUUCCGACCUAGCCGUGAAGCUGUAUUAAACAGAGUCAGCGUCUCUCGAUAAUAAUAACUAUCGCCAUGGAUGGCAACAAAAAUGGCCCAUAGAAGAUACGUGGACGGCCAGAUGCUGGGAGACUUAUACCUGGGUUCGUUAAAGUUUGAGGUGACGGCCUUGAAGACCUCGCGGGAUCAUCUCACUGUCUCCUCUUAAUUAACUAGUCAUUCAGCCCUGCUAGAGUGGACCCUCGCUGGCUAUUAACAAUGCCAGCAAUACGGAGGAAUGAUUGACGGCGCGGAGGCUUGGAGCAAUUUAAAUUGAAAUGGGGCUGAGUGCCUUGUUCUAUAAUCUGACAACAGGACUCGAAGCGGAUAUAAAGAGACUCGAUUCCAGGAAGAAUGACUUCCAAUUCUCUUCCAAGCCUUCCUCUCAUCCGAUCAGCGUUGCUCUGUCUACACUAUCUAUCUUCCUAACAAUAUUGCUCUUCUCAUACUAUCCAUCUUCUCAUUUUAGGACCCCCCAACACACUACCAUCAUGCGUUCCUUCGCCUUUCUCGCAGUUCUGGCUGCUACUGCUGCUGCCCAGUCCUCCACCGCUACUACUGCUUCGCAGUCACUCGCCAUUUCGCAGACCUCUGUCGAACUAAUGUUCACUGACCCCUCCGAAUGGAUCGGCACCGAAGUCGGCAGUGACGGCACGGAGACAACCUAUAUGUACAACCUCAACCCCAGCGCGACCGAUAUGGUGGUAGAGACACAAAUUGAAGUAAUUAAAGACCCAAGUGGUUUCGUAAUUAUCGAGUCUGGCCUUGCGACUGUUUCCUGCGUUGAUUCAGGUUCCGAGGCCGACUGCGUUGCGGUAGUCCCCAGCGUCACAACAAUGUAUGUGGAAGUGCCCACGGCGGACUUUGAUUUCCCUUCCGUCGCUGCUGUAGCUGCAUCUGCAACUGACAGCACCGUCACCGGCGCAACGACCCUGGCAACCUCCACUACCAAGUCUGGCACAGCGUCCGCAUCGGCCACCCACACCGGCGGCGCGACAAUGGGACAUACCGUGGCGAUGGGGGGUGUUGUUGCUGCCGUGCUGGGGCUGGCGUUGGGUCUGUGAUGUGACUUUCGAUGGUUUCCACGAUACAAAAGCUUUAAUUGAUGUAAUUAUUGUGAGAUGAAAAGCGUUGAUCAAAUAGAAAGUGAGUCUAGAACAGC